AUGUGCGGAGCCAGAGCGCGGCCGGCGCUUGCGGGCGGGGCUCGGGGCUGCGCCUGCUCGGUGCCCCGCACGCUGCUCCUGCUCCUCGUCUACCUGGGCUACCUGGCGCUGGGCACCGUCGUGUUCUGGCUGCUGGAGGGCUCCCUGGGGUGGGACUCCGGACGCAGGUUCCAGAGCGACAAGUGGGCGCUGCUGCGGAACUUCACGUGUCUGGACGGCCCGGCGCUGGACUCCAUGAUCCGGGGCAUCGUCCAAGCAUACAAAAGCGGGUCCCUGGUCAUGGGCAACACCACCAGCAUGGAGCGCUGGGAGCUGGUGGGCUCCUUCUUCUUCUCCGUGUCCACUAUCACCACCAUCGGCUACGGCAACCUGAGCCCCCACACGCUGGCCGCCCGCCUCUUCUGCAUCUUCUUCGCUCUAGUGGGGAUCCCGCUCAACCUCGUGGUGCUCAACCGCCUGGGCCACCUCAUGCUGAGGGGCAUGCACCGCUUCGCCCACAAGCUGGGCGGCACCUUGCCGGACCCGGGCCAGGCGCGCUGGCUGGCGAGCUGCGGCGCCCUCCUGGCAGGCCUCCUGCUCUUCCUGCUGCUGCCCCCACUGCUCUUCUCCUACAUGGAGGGCUGGAACUACAUGGAGGGCUUCUACUUCGCCUUCAUCACCCUCAGCACCGUGGGCUUCGGCGACUACAUGAUUGGGAUGGACCCCUCCCGGAAGUACCCCGUGUGGUACAAGAACAUGGUGUCGCUGUGGAUCCUCUUUGGGAUGGCGUGGCUGGCCUUGAUCAUCCAACUCAUCUUCUCCUUCAUGGAAACCUCAAGGGAGGUGUGCUCCUGUUACCGCCGGCGCUCUGAGGAGGAGGACCUCAAGCCCCCCAGUUGGGAGCCAGAGGCCCACCCCCCUCUGCCAGGCUGCCACGAGGAGGAGCCUAUGGGAGUCAGCCCGCAUCUGGAACCUUCCACUCAGGCUAUGCACUGUGCCAGGAACAGCUAGUUCUCCCCCUAUGCUUAUCCCUUCUUCCUCCUUCUGGCCACCUGGACUCAAGAUUGCCCUUUGCAGCCCCCCAGAAUCCUCCCAGAAGGCUAAGUGCUGCUAUGUCAUUAACUUCCCCGGAUGCGAGCCGUGCGACUUCCUGCAUGUGAUUUUCAAGUUGUGGGGGGCUUUCCUCCCCGACUUUUCCCGUCCAGCUGCCUGCAAUGGUGAGAUGAUGGUUGGAACUCUGGCAGCCAUGGGACACCAUGGGGUAGAGGACAGGCAGAAUAAGCCUGGCUCCCCGAUUGAUCACCGAGCCAUGAUAACAAACCAACUUGGACUGGAUUCCACCAGAUGUUAUUUCUGUAAGGGAGAAGUAAACAUCCAUUUUAUUGAGAA